AAAACUGACCAAUGUCUAACCGGAAGUUGCACAUUACUUCCUAGGUCAAAGUGUCGAUUCAGGUGAAAACAUGGCGGCGCCGGCUAAGAAAGUGUUUGAGCUUUUUGUAUCCAAAGUUCCAUGGACGGUUGCUGGCAAGGAGAUAAAGGAGUACUUUGGCCAGUUUGGACAAGUUAAAAAGUGUCUACUUCUAUUUGAUAAAGACACUGGGUUCCACAGAGGAUUCUGUUGGGUGGGAUUCAGCACCGACGAGGGAAUGAACAACGCACUGCAGAAAGAGCCACACUUACUGGAGGGAGCAAAGCUUCAAGUUCAGAAGAACCGGCGGCCAUUUUCUGGACGGAAAUCGAAUAAAAAUGAAAAUGACUGAAUUGUCUCCCAGUGAUCGCCCAGGAAUGUCCGUUUAUGUCUGCCAACAUCUGUCCGAGUGUCUCUGAAUUCAAUUGUGAAAUUUGUUUUUUUCCUGUCAUGUAUGACAAUAAAAAAAAAAUAUUGAAAUCCAA